AACUGUCAAACGUAGAAAAGCAACAAAAAAAGUAGUGACGAACUUACUGCCACGACGAUUUCUGCCCGCUGAACUUACAACUUUUUCCGAAAUUUGCCCUCGAAAAAGCUUUACGGCGUACCUUUCCGCCGUGUCCGGUGGGGCAGAAGUUCUGCUUUCAGUAUUUCCAUCUCGUUGAAGCAUAAUCGUAACCCCGUACGGCCGUAGUAAUCACGUGUUGAGUAGCUUGCUUGCUGCGGUUCCCCGGGUGGUCCGGUGCACGAUGGCCCGGUUUUAGUGCGUGUCUGUGUGCGCGAGACUGUCCCCCCAGCUAAUCGUUGCCUUCGGGGCAAACGUCGUUCAAAACGUCGAGGUUGUGAUAAAGUAUUCAUUCCCCUAGAACCCACCGCUCACCACCGGGCUGGCGGCUGGGGUUAGUUUUAGGUAAGGCACACCGGACGGAAGCUACUGGAGGAACAGUCACAACAACAAACCCCUUCCAACGCGUCCACGACGAUGGGCCUCGGAACAAAGCAACUCGCGGGCAGUGGCUCCCUGGACGAGCUGGUCCAAUAUGCAACGAUCCACAUUCCACUGCCGGUGGUACUGAGCGGUGCCGUAAUGCCCUUUAUGGUGGUGUACGCACUGUGGCUGUACCUGUGGGUGUUUGUUUACGGUAUCGAAGAGUAUCAGGAUGCCGGGCUGCUGUUUCUAGCCGGCAUUGCCUUCACGCAGAUAUUCGUGUGCCUGUGCUGCUUCUGGAGCGUGCACGUACAAACGUUCCUGAACUGUCGUCGAACGAAAGCGCCCUGUGCCGGAGCGGUGGCGAAGGUUGUGCCGACGGAGAACAAUGGCACGUCCGAGCUGGUGCGCAUCCGCCAAUCGAAGGCCGAGGGCGUUGCGCAGGAGGACGGCGAGCUUACGUACUGGUUUCUGUUUCAAAAGACCAAGUACAUCUGGGACCCGAACAAGGCACAGUUCCGGAGCGUCGAGUUUCCGAUCCACAAAACGUACGAGGAGUACUUCGAAUCGAAGGGCCACCUGGACGAUGCGGACGUAGCGCUCGCACAGGCCACGUACGGUGACAACGAGAUGGAGAUGGUGGUGCCGGAAUUCCUCGAGCUGUUCAAGGAACGUGCCACCGCACCGUUCUUCGUGUUUCAGAUCUUUUCCGUACUGCUGUGGUGCUUGGACGAGUACAUGUACUAUUCGCUGUUUACGCUCUGCAUGCUCGUCGUCUUCGAGUGUGUGCUGGUGCAGCAGCAGCUGAGGAGUCUGUCGGAAAUCCGCAAAAUGGGCAACAAACCGUACCAGAUCAAUGUGUUCCGGAAUCGGCGCUGGCGUCCGAUCAGCUCCGCCAAGCUUGUGCCGGGCGAUCUCGUGUCGAUAACGCGCUCGCAGGACGAAAACAUUGUCCCGUGCGACCUGCUGCUCAUACGCGGCUCGUGCAUCGUGGACGAGAGCAUGCUGACGGGAGAAUCGGUGCCUCAGAUGAAGGAAUCGCUGGAAAACAACACGGACGAACACGAUAAGGUGCUUGAUAUUGAUGCGGACGGGAAGCUACACGUUCUGUUCCGUGGCACGAAAGUUGUGCAGCAUUCGGCACCGAGCAAGGGUUUGAUGCGUUCGCCGGACAACGGUUGCAUCGGAUACGUGCUGCGAACCGGGUUCAACACAUCGCAGGGCAAGCUGCUCCGAACGAUCCUGUUCGGCGUGAAGCGCGUGACGGAGAACAAUCUGGAAACGUUUGCAUUUAUUCUGUUCCUGCUCGUGUUCGCGGUUGCGGCCGCCACGUACGUGUGGAUCAAGGGUACGGAAGAUCCGGACAGGAACCGGUACAAGCUGUUCCUGGAGUGUACGCUCAUUCUCACCUCGAUCAUACCGCCCGAUCUGCCGAUCGAACUGUCGCUCGCGGUCAACACGUCGCUGUUGCAGCUUUCGAAGGUGUAUGUGUACUGUACGGAACCGUUCCGUAUGCCGUUCGCCGGCAAGGUACAGAUUUGCUGCUUCGAUAAGACGGGCACGCUGACGAGCGACAAUCUGCUGGUGGAAGGUGUCGCUGGGCUCAAGCAGGACACCUCGAUCGUGCCGAUUGAAGACAUCCCGGAGGAGACGGCUCACGUGCUCGGCUCGUGCCAUUCGUUGGUUCAGCUCGACGAAGGGCUUGUGGGAGAUCCGCUGGAGAAAGCCACCCUAACGGCGAUCGAUUGGCACCUUACCAAGGGCGAUUCUUGCGUUCCGAAGCGGAAAAAAUUCAAAGCCCUUCGAAUCUACCAUCGUUUCCACUUCUCGUCCUCGCUCAAGCGCAUGUCUGUGCUGGCCGGAUAUUUAGUUCCAUUCUCGAAUGAAAACUGCUACAUCGGCACGGUCAAGGGAGCUCCCGAAGUUAUCGUGAAGAUGCUAAAAACCGUCCCGGAGCACUACGAACGAACGUAUCUGGAAUAUUCCCGGCGAGGCGCCCGUGUGCUUGCCCUCGGUUACAAAACCUUCGGAACGCUGGACAACAAUACGGUGCGCGAGCUUAAGCGGGACGACGUGGAGCGUGAUCUAGAGUUUGCCGGCUUUAUCAUCAUCUCCUGCCCGCUCAAACCCGACUCGAAGUACGCUAUCAAAGAGAUCAUUCAAGCAUCGCACAAAGUGAUGAUGAUCACCGGCGACAAUCCACUCACAGCGUGUCACGUCGCGAAGGAACUUCGCUUCAGCCGGAGAACGAUCGUGAUUCUAACGCCGCCCGAAGACCUUAACGGCAAGAGCGGUCCAGCCGGGUGGUACUGGGAAUCCAUAAACCGCGAGGUACAGCUGCCCGUCGAUUCUCGCACGGUAAAAGAACUCUACCGAGAGUAUGAUUUCUGCAUCACCGGCGAAGGUCUGCAGUAUCUCGAUCGGGAGCGGCAAGCGUACCUGCUCGAGCUAAUACCGUACGCUACCGUCUUUGCGCGCUUUGCACCGAAACAGAAGGAGUACGUUAUAACCACCCUAAAGAAGCUGGGCUUCUAUACGCUUAUGUGUGGCGACGGAACGAACGACGUGGGCGCACUCAAGCAUGCACACGUCGGUGUGUCCUUGCUCAGCCACAUGCCGUCACGCUCGGACCGCAAGCAACAACGCGAGCUGCAGCAGCAGCCGGAUGACAGGGAGGACAAGAAAAAGGCACUGAAACCCGCCGGUGGUCCCACCGUGGGAGGAGUGGUCGAUGAUGCCGCCAACCGUAGGCAGCUAACGCCGCGCGAAAGAGCGAUCAUGCGUGCGCGGGAAAAUCAAAGCGCGGCCCAGGAACGGCUACAGAAAGCGCUCAAGGAGAUGGACGAUGAGCAGGUGCAGAUAGUGAAGCUGGGCGAUGCAAGCAUUGCGGCCCCAUUCACCAGCCGGUUGACAUCGAUCAAUUGUGUGUGUCACAUUAUUAAGCAGGGCCGUUGCACGUUGGUGACGACGUUACAGAUGUUCAAGAUUCUUGCCCUGAAUGCACUGAUCUCCGCUUACUGCCAGUCGGUGCUGUACAUCGACGGCGUAAAGCAUAGUGAUGCCCAGCUGACCCUCCACGGGUUACUGACCGCGGCCUGUUUCCUUUUCAUUACGCGUUCGAAACCGUUGAAGGUGCUAUCGAAACAGGCGCCCCUGCCGAACAUCUUCAAUCUUUACUCGGUCACGACGAUUCUGGCCCAGUUUGCGAUCCAUUUCUCGGCGCUGAUCUAUAUGGUGCAUGAAGCUGAUGCACGACUGCCUCCACGAGAAGGAAAAGUGAAGCUCAACGUAGACCUAGCACCGGACGAAAAGCAGGAAUUUGAACCGAACAUCGUGAACAGCACGGUGUACAUCAUCGGCAUUGCGAUGCAGAUCGCGACGGUAACGGUCAACUACAAGGGCCAUCCGUUUAUGGAGAGUUUGCGCGAGAAUCGACUGCUUUCGUACGCGAUUUUCGGCUCGAGCGCGAUUGUGCUGUCGCUCGCGUUGGGCAUCGUACCCGAUCUGCUCGAGAUGUUCGAAGUGAUUGACUUUGAGGCGGAUUAUCGGCGAAUUCUCGUUGGCGUGCUAAUAGCGGACAUGGUACUAGCGUACCUAGUCGAUCGCGUGUGCUCCUUUCUGUUUGGUGACACGCGCGCAAAGUCGGACAUUAUUACUUAAAGCAUUGAUCGUACGUUCGGCGGCGGGUUUAAGGGGUUUAGUCGAGGACGUCCGAUCGACGGACGGAUCGGCGACCGAAAAGCAUUAUUAUAAGACGUUCUCACGUGAAAGAAAAGACAGCAGCAUCGUUCAUCAGCACGUUCGUCACCGGCAGCAAGGUAAACUGGUGGUUAAUCAUAAUUGUUUCCGUUUCGCAUGCUCAUCAGCAUAGUCAGCAUAGUGUUGUUGAUGCGCGAGGAUUCGACACACACACAAACAGGAGGCACAUUAGAGAAUAGUUUGUACUUUAGUUGCAUUUACGCGGGUAGCUUGAAUCACUUGAACGACAGUUGAAAGCGAGCUAAAAACUUUUAAUAAUGUUCCACCGGUGUUUUAUGUGUCGUUUGCUUCCUUUUUUUCUCCACCGAACCAAACAGUUCAAUUCCGCGUUUAGUCGAUGAACCUGCAGUCGAAUAAGGGCAUUUAAAUGGGAGGGAACGAACUGUGGGAGCAUUCAUAUUUGUAGCCGAUUCCCGGUAUGUAGCUGUUAAAUCCCGACAGUAGUGCGUUAAAACGGAACGCACGGAAGCAAGACUUACACAAUUGUGUCCGGCAUGGGUGUAUGUGUAGUAGCGAAAAUUUCGAUAAGGUUUAACCGAGGACCUCUUGUUGCGAGGGAUCGAGUAAAUGUGGCGCGGUAAAAUGGACACUUGAACUGAA